UGAGGAAAUAAGGUACUUCCCUCACUACUUUUCGAUUGCCCUAAGUAAAUAUGUUACUUAUAAUAAUCUUCAACCUUUUCUCCCAUCACAAUCAAGACUUAUAUAUUCUAUUCUUAUAUUCUUUAAUUAAUAUAAUUUUAAUAAGAAAUGUCUAUUCUAACAGCAUAUAAUGCAAUAAAAUAAAAAAUUUCACUAUAUUUCAUUCACAGAAAUAACUUUCCUGUAGAUUCCUAAACAGAAAUUCUGAAACGAUUAGCAUUCUCUCUUUGAUAACAAUAACGAUUUAUUUUCUUUUUUUAUUCAUUGUAGGGAUUUCUAAUAUUCCAAUCAAUGCUAGAUGGAAACGGAAUGGAGUUACCGUUGCUGGAGGUCAUGGAGCAGGCAAUGCUACCAAUCAACUCUAUGGUCCUUUCGGUCUCUUCGUUGAUGGUGAUCAAAUGAUAGUCAUCGCUGACUGUUUCAAUCAUCGUAUCAUGGAAUGGAAAAUAGGUAAUACGAAUGGACAAGUUGUAGCUGGUGGAAAUCAACAAGGAAAUCGAUUGGAUCAAUUAAAUGGUCCAACCCAUGUGUUAAUCGACAAAGAGAUGGAUUGUCUCAUUAUUUGUGAUUGGGUAAAUGGACGAGUUGUACGAUGGUCUCGUCUUAGUGGCACAACUCAAGGAGAAAUUCUCAUCGACAACAUCAAGUGUUUUGGAUUGUUCAUGAAUGAUCAGAGAAAUCUCUACAUCUCUGAUACCAAUAAAAAUGAAGUAAGACGAUAUAAAAUAGGAGACAAGAAUGGAAUUCUCGUUGCUGGUGGAAAUAGCAAAGGUGCUGGUCUCAAUCAACUCAACUUUCCGACCUACAUCUUUGUCGAUCAACAACAGUCUGUCUACGUGUCAGACAGAGAAAAUCAUCGUGUCAUGAAAUGGAAUAAAGGUGCAAAAGAAGGAAUUAUCGUUGCUGGAGGUCAAGGUGAAGGAGAUGCUCUGACACAAUUACAUCAUCCUAACGGACUGUUUGUCGAUACAUUGGGUACCAUCUAUGUGACAGACUCAUAUAAUAAACGAGUGAUGCGUUGCCCUAAAGGAACGAAACAAGGCAUUGUCAUUGUGGGCGGAAAUGGUUACGGAGAAGAAGCAAAUCAGUUCAGCUGUCCCGUUGGUUUGUCCUUCGAUCGACAUGGUAAUCUCUAUGUCGCCGAUUGUAACAAUAAUCGCGUUCAACGUUUUGAUAUCGAAUAA